CAUCAUUUUUCUCAUUCUCUCUUCCCCCUCUCUUUUUCUGUCCCCUCUUUCUCUCUCUGUUUCUCUCUUCUCUUCCCAAUUUUACGUUGUCCAGAUUCCGGCCAUCCGUACGGCCAAAUCCACCUUCUCACAAACCCUAGCCAAUUUUAUUUAUUUAUUUAUUUUUUUUCAAAUUUUAGUUUUUUAAUUUUUGUUGUUUUGUGUGGGUCCCGGUUUCUCCCAAUCCCUUUGUUUGAUUUCACUUUUUUUACUGUCAAUUAUUUUACCGUUUUAUCCCCUCGAUUUUGACGUUUUGUUUUCUACUUACCAAACAAGUUUCCUCACCUUUUUAUCGUCUCUUUUUUUCUUCUGGAUUGGGGUUUGUGUUGUGAUUUAAUGAGCUGCUGCUGCAGACGUGGCAUGCACCCCAAUAGCCAUGAACACCAAAACGAUGCGUUUGCCGCCACGUCGGAUAUCGACGACCAAUGCGUCAUCAAAUAGCAACUCCCCCACCACCAAGCGCAAGGAGAGAGAGAGUGCGCUCGACGCGCCCCACCCAGCCAAGGCUCUCAAGCUGUCCCCCACCGAGCCGGCUCAUCAAGCCGCCGUAUCCGAGCCGGCUCUGGCCUCCGGUGGUCAUCUCCUAGCUGGCUAUUUGGCCCAUGAAUUCCUCACCAAGGGCACCCUCCUCGGGCAGCUGUGGGACCCGACCGCCCGAUCUUCCGCCGACGAGCAACCGGUCACGAAAUCCCCAGAUCGGCGCGAAGCCGAGCCGCAGUACGAGAAGCUGGAGAGGUACGUGGAAGUAGCUGAUUUGCUGAAGACGGAUGGGGCUCAGUUAGCUGGCAUUGUCAACCCUACUCAGCUUGCACGCUUUUUACAGUUGUGAGGCGAAGGGGGCGUUUGAGGCCACGCGUCAAGGAGUAGGUGUGGAAUCUGGAUCACAUUUGGCCGAUUGCGUCCAGCUGUGGAAAUUACAAUUUUGUAUAUGUAGGGAAGGGCAAGUAUUGUGUGUAUGACAGGACAUGUGUAAUCAAUGUUGUAUCUCAUUCGAAUCCAAGAACAGAUAUAUGCACAAUUUCCUCAUAAAUUAUUCUCUGUCAAUAAUCAAUAUUCAAGCUAUGCAAUUGAUCAUGUAAGUGUAAUUUUAUGGUGUAUGAAAAUUCUCUAUAUCAGCUCUUCAAA